UGCAGGUCCACAUCUUGUUUCUGCUCCCCAUGGCCUUUCUCCUGCUGCCUGGGACUUGGUCUGGUGAGAUCAUCGGGGGCAAGGAAGCCAAACCCCACUCCAGGCCCUACAUGGCGUAUCUGGAAAUACAAUUUGGAGAGGAGACGUUUCGCUGCGGCGGCUUCCUGGUGGCAAAGAACUUUGUGCUGACGGCCGCCCACUGCCAGGGAGACACGAUCACGGCCGUCCUGGGAGCCCACAGCUUAGAAAAGCGAAGAGAACAACAAAAGAUCAAAGUGUCGAAAAAGAUCCCCCAUGAAAAAUACAACAACAGAACAAAGAAAAAUGACUUCAUGUUGCUGCAGCUGGCGAAGCCUGCGAAGCUGAAUAAAUUUGUGAAUACCAUCCCCCUGCCUAAAACUGGUGAAACGGUGGAGCCCGGGAUGGUGUGUAGUGUGGCCGGCUGGGGUCUCACCAUCGCUAACGAUAUUUCGUCUGCUGCCAACGCGCUGCGGGAGGUGGACGUGGAGGUGCUGGAGGAUGACGAGUGCUCAUAUGGUGAUAACUACGACCCGGCGACCAUGCUGUGUGUGGGGCACCCACAGAAGUGCAGAGAUUCUGCAAAGGGCGACUCCGGUGGCCCCCUGGUGUGUGAUGGAAAACCCCAGGGCAUCGUCUCCUGGGGGACCAAGGAUGGGACUCCCCCGGGCGUGUACACGAGAGUCUCCACUUUCAUCCGUUGGAUCCAGGAUAAAAUGCGUCGGCCGCAGCCCUAA